GCAGACUCCGCGCAGCGGCAACCGGAAGAGCUGUGAUGGACACCCCCGGAAGCAAGAUCCGGGUGCUCUUUAAUCAUGCCUUAUGCUCGAGGGGGUAUUUAUGAGGGAAUCUGAUCAAUGAAUCUAAGUUUGCAGGCGCUGAGCUUUCUGUUUAUCACUUGCGUGAUGUUCACGCUGGCUGGCGGCCAUCCAUCAAGCGAGAAGCUGAAGAUCCGCAUACACGUGCCGGUGAAGCACCACACACAUGUCCACACGAAGACGGUCAUUAAGAAGGUCCCGUUGCCCAUUCCGGUACCGGUCAAGGAGCACCACCACGAACCGCCCAAGAAGCACCACAGUCGCAGCCACCACCAACAACAACAACACCACGAGGAUGAAAUGGACGACGACUUCGAGGGCUACGAGUAUCCCGUGAAGGCCAAGCGACGCACGCGGCAUCCCUUUGUCUGAAGCUGCAGUGGCGGGAACCACCCACAGCCUCCCUCCCCCACAACACCAAGCCACUCCACACAGCGGGGGGAAAUGAAAUCAAAUGAAAUACAAUUUACGCAGAUUAAGGCAAAUAUAAACCAAAACACGAGCCAGCAGCAUGAGUACGAUACAUAAAGGAAAGAAAGGACAAAGCAAUGAAAGAAAAAGCAAAGCGAAGCAAAGAAAGGGAAAUCACAAUUCUGGGUCUGAUUUGUCACUGUUUUUAGUGUGUAAGCAGAGUUAGAAGA